AUGGAGAUGGACAACAACCUUCUUACGGAAAAUGGUGGAAAGAUGGAGAAAAGAAACGCACACAUUCCACGUUCUAGAGGGAGAGAUGACGAUUACGUUGAAGGACGUAGCCAUGCUGACAAAGCUUCCAAUCGAUGGUCAUGCAAUAAUAGAAAGUUCAUAGAAACCAUUGAAUGGUUGGGGCCCAUUUAUAAACGAGCGUUUAGGUAUCAACAUCCCCGAGAAAACACAAGAAGGUCGUCAUGUACCACCUCUACACAAGUAUAUGCUAUUGAUACCUUGGCUAGCGAGGACCGUUGGGGAAUUACCGGAGGAUGCCACGAAUGCUCAGAUAGAGAGGUAUGCUCGCAUCUACCUGAUUUUUUGGUUGGAGGAUUUUUGUUUCCGAACAAGUCUGGUGGAAAUAUUCAUUGUAUGUGGUUUCGAGUUCUUUUGGAAGAUUGGGACGAGAUUGGGAGAAAAAGUUGGGGAUCUGCUUGUUUGGCGAUGAUAUAUUUGGAGUUGUGCAAGUGUACGGAUCCGAAAACAAAGCAAGCGGGUGGUCUCAUGUUCAUCCUCCAACUAUGGGUUUGGGAGCACCUUCCGACUUUCGCUCCGAUCUGCCCUACCAACAGUUGGGGUCCCGAUGAGCCACUACGACAAUGGGCUUAUGGUGCUAGAUGGAUUGGAGCUAUCACGAGACUCACCUCUCUAGACGGGUACCGCCAACAUCUUGACUGUAUAGAAUUCAACGAGGUAACAUUCUAG